UGUUCACAUUCAGAACUGUUUACUUCCUAGUCAACUGAUGUUUACUUCUUAGUCCAUGUUGCCAUGUCUUUAAUCCAUGUUUCACAUAAAGUUUUGGAAAACUAAUACAUAUGGGAGUAAAAAUAUUUGGACAGGUAAAGAGUAAGGUUUAUUAUAGGCUGUGUUUUUGGAAUAUUAGACAAAUUCACAUGGUGUAAGGGUUCUUACAGCUGCAACAACAGAUACCUUACCUCAUAGUAUUUCUUUGCCAUGUUGGAUCUCUUGGUAGUGUCUUUGAGUGAAGAGAGUACAAAGAACAUCUCUUUCACUUCUCUUCUUUUGCUUUUUCUCGCCACAUUGUACUUUAGCAUGAGUGGGUAGCCUUAAAGUUGUGUUCUUUGAUUGAGGGAGGGGAGGGAUCUAGAUUUCUAGGUUUAAUAUGGUUGGUUCUAAAAUGGGGGUCUCUUGUUUCUUGGUUUUGGGAUCUGGGUUUUGAUUUUUUGUUGAAAAGAUUGGAGCUUUGAGUAUUUUGGUUUCUUGGGGUUUUUUUUUUUUUUUAAUGUUGUUUGUAAAGUUGUGUUGAAGAUAGAGAGGAAAAAUGGCUCCAAGAUUGGAUUUUUCAGAUUGGUGGGGAAAAGAUAGCAAGGAGGGAACACCUGUUGUAGUGAAAAUGGAGAAUCCUAACUAUUCUGUCGUGGAAAUCAAUGGUCCAGAUUCUGCAUUUAGGCCAGUUGAGAAGAGUAGAGGCAAGAAUGCAAAGCAAGUCACAUGGGUUUUGCUCCUCAAGGCUCAUAGAGCUGUUGGUUGUGUUGCUUGGUUAGCUACUGUCUUUUGGGCCUUGCUAGGGACUAUAAAGAAGAGGUUGAUCUUUAGACAAGGUGUUGCUGUGGCUACUGAGAAGUUAGGCAAAGGGAAAUUAGUACUUCAAAUCAUUAGAGUGUUUUUGGUUGCUUCUUUGGCAAUUUUGGCUUUUGAAGUGGUUGCCUAUCUGAAAGGUUGGCGUUAUUUUGAGAGUGCUAAUUUGCAUAUCCCAAGGGCCUUGGAUUUGCAAGGCUGGCUUCAUGUGGUUUAUGUUGCUUGGUUAACAUUCAGGGCUGAUUACAUUGCGCCCUUAAUUCAAGCUCUCUCUCAAUUCUGUGUUGUUUUGUUCCUUAUUCAAUCUGUAGAUCGUUUGAUACUUUGUUUGGGUUGCUUUUGGAUUAAAUACAAGAAGAUUAAGCCAAGGAUUGAAGUGGAUCCAUUCAAGUCAGAUGAUGUUGAGGCAUCUGGCUACGAGUAUCCCAUGGUUCUUGUUCAAAUCCCAAUGUGUAAUGAAAGAGAGGUGUAUGAGCAGUCUAUCUCUGCGGUUUGCCAAAUGGAUUGGCCAAAGGAUCGUAUACUGAUUCAAGUUCUUGAUGAUUCUAAUGAUGAGAGCAUCCAAUGGUUAAUCAAGGCAGAGGUUGCUAAGUGGAACCAAAAGGGUGUCAACAUAAUCUAUAGGCAUCGUUUGAUUAGAACUGGUUACAAGGCUGGAAAUCUCAAGUCUGCAAUGGGCUGUGAUUAUGUAAAGGAUUAUGAGUUUGUUACAAUUUUUGAUGCUGAUUUCCAGCCUAAUCCAGACUUCCUUAAGCUGACAGUGCCGCAUUUCAAGGGAAAUCCUGAACUGGGGUUGGUUCAGGCAAGAUGGGCAUUUGUGAACAAGGAUGAGAAUUUGUUGACUCGUCUCCAAAACAUUAAUUUGUGUUUUCACUUUGAGGUGGAACAGCAAGUUAAUGGAACAUUCCUAAAUUUCUUUGGUUUCAAUGGAACUGCUGGUGUUUGGAGAAUCAAAGCCCUUGAAGAGUCUGGUGGAUGGCUUGAAAGGACAACUGUAGAGGACAUGGACAUAGCUGUCCGUGCACAUCUGAAUGGUUGGAAAUUCAUCUUCCUUAAUGAUGUGAAGGUCCUCUGUGAAGUUCCUGAGUCCUAUGAAGCUUACAGGAAGCAGCAACAUCGUUGGCAUUCCGGUCCUAUGCAACUUUUCCGCUUGUGUCUGCCAGCAAUUAUAACCUCUAAGAUGGCAUUUUGGAAGAAAGCAAACUUAAUAUUCCUAUUCUUUCUAUUGAGAAAACUUAUCCUUCCUUUCUAUUCCUUCACACUAUUCUGCAUAAUUCUUCCUUUAACAAUGUUUGUCCCUGAGGCUGAGCUUCCUAUGUGGGUUAUUUGCUAUGUGCCUGUCUUGAUGUCAUUCCUCAACAUUCUUCCUACCCCAAAAUCCAUCCCUUUUAUUGUUCCUUACCUUCUCUUUGAAAACACCAUGUCAGUUACCAAAUUCAACGCCAUGGUAUCUGGUUUAUUCCAGUUGGGUAGCUCAUACGAGUGGGUUGUCACCAAGAAGGCUGGUAGGUCAUCAGAAUCUGACUUACUGGCUGCUGCUGAGAGGGACUCAAAGACAAUGAACCAAGCCCCGAUAUGCAGAGGAGCUUCUGAGACCGAGCUUGAACUGUUAAACCAAUUAAAGGAACAAAAAGAAGCAAAUCCUACACCUGUUAAGAAAGUGAACAAGAUAUACAGGAAGGAGCUCGCUCUAGCAUUCCUCCUACUCACAGCUUCUGUCAGGAGCUUGUUAUCGGCCCAGGGAGUCCACUUUUACUUCCUUCUCUUCCAAGGUGUGACUUUCCUUGUCGUUGGUCUUGAUCUGAUUGGAGAGCAAAUAAGCUAAGCGUAAACUAAAGCAAGAUAGAGUACAAUACACUUCCAAUCAAGUUCAGGUAACCUGCAAAUAUCCACCCUAUCUGGAUCGACUGUGCACUUAAAGGAAGUUCGGUCCUUUCUUUCCUUUGCAAAUGGUGGUGAAGAAUAGCCUUCAAUUCAAUAAAAUGAAGUCAUUUUCAACCUGUGAUUUGAAAGAUCUAUAGAAUUUUCUAUAUUCAGAAAUCCCUCUCCAUACUGUGGUCAUACUUCCUCUUAUUAUUGUUAUUUUUUUCACAUAGGAUAUCGGAUCAUUGUUAGUUUUCCUCGGGCAUUGAAUUGUUGCUGGUUGUCAUGGGUAGGAUAUUAGGUUUCAAUUUUUUUACAGUUGACUUAUAUUCAUGUUUGGGUGUGUGAUUUAGCAGCA